AUGACAAUGGUUGGAGGCAAUGAACCUAAAUCCAAAAACCCAACCUUCCAUGUCAUAGCAAAAAUUCAUUUUCAAAUCAAACCCAACACCGCCACCUUCCUCUCAAAGUCCAUUCUGUCCACCGACCCAGGAAAGGUUGUAGAUGAGGAAGAAAGAGAAAAUGAGGAAACCGUUGAGGCGAAAAAGAAGGGGGGAACAGACAGGUGGUUGGUGAAUCAUAGUUCUAAUUUUGUUAAGAAAUUUGCGUUUGGGAAGGACAAAGAUGAAGGACAACAAGAGGAGGUCUCCGGUUCAAGUCCGGGCGACGCCAGUGGAAACUUUUGCAUCUGGGAUCGCGUAAUUGGGGUUUUGCGUCGAAAGGGUAUCUAUCAAUCUAUCUUCGGUUUGAUGGCAAAUCUGUACGUGAAGGCGGUGCCACCGGCGGAUCUGAACAGGAACACGGAGUGGUUCACGUAUCCUGGCGUCUGGACCACCUACAUCCUCAUUCUUUUCUUUUCUUGGAUCCUCGUUCUCUCUGUCUUGGGUUGUUCCCCUGGCAUCGCAUGGACCAUCGUUAAUCUCGCCCAUUUUGCUGUAACAUAUCACUUUUUUCACUGGAAGAAAGGAACUCCAUUUGCAGAGGACCAGGGUAUCUACAAUAGAUUGACAUGGUGGGAGCAGGUAGACAAUGGAAAGCAGCUUACUCGGAACAGGAAGUUUCUAACAGUUGUCCCUUUGGUGCUGUACUUGAUAGCCUCCCACACAACCGACUAUCAGAAUCCAAUGCUCUUCUUCAACACUGUUGCGGUGAUUGUCCUGGUUGUUGCAAAGUUCCCCCACAUGCACAAGGUCAGGAUAUUUGGAAUCAAUGCUGAUAAGUGA